AUGCAGUGCUUCAGCUUCCUUAAGACCAUGAUGUUCCUCUUCAAUUUACUCAUCUUCCUGUGUGGUGCAGCCCUGCUUGCUGUGGGCAUCUGGGUGUCAGUUGAUGGGCCAUCCUUCCUGAAGAUCCUCGGGCCGCUGUCGUCCGCUGCCAUGCAGUUUGUCAACGUGGGCUACUUCCUCAUCGCAGCUGGUGCUGUGCUCCUUGCUCUUGGUUUCCUGGGCUGCUACGGUGCUCAUAGCGAGAACAAGUGUGCCCUCAUAAUGUUCUUCUCCAUCCUCCUCAUCAUCUUCAUUGCUGAGGUUGCAGCUGCUGUGGUCGCCUUGGUGUACACCACAAUGGCUGAGAACUUCCUGACAUUGGCAGUAGUGCCUGCCAUCAAGACAGACUAUGGUAAACAGAAGGACUUCUCCGAACUGUGGAACAUCACCAUGACAGGGCUCAAGUGCUGUGGCUUCAACAACUACACAGAUUUUGAGGGCUCUCCCUUCUACCUGGAAAAGAGUGUCUUUCCCCCAUACUGUUGCAACAAUAGCACAGAGAGUGGGUCCUGCACCAAGGAGGAGGCCGAGAAAGAUGCUGUGCAGGGUUGCUUCGAUCAGCUUCUUUAUGAAAUCAGAACCAAUGGAGGCACCGUGGGUGGUGUGGCAGCUGGAAUUGGGGGCCUGGAGCUGGCUGCCAUGAUUGUGUCCCUGUAUCUGUACUGCCAUUUGGAAUAAGUCUGCUUCGGCCUCCGCCACCAUUGCUGCCAUAUGGGGACUGGGAAGAGGCACCCUUGCACUGCCAAGGGUGGGGCAGAAUCUAACACUGUUACCCGGGCCAGGGCAGACCCAGCCUUGCUGCUACAGACUUGGGGCUAAAUACAGACCACCACUUUCAGGUUGCCCCUUACUUUUCCUUCCAUUGGUGGGGUUGGAGCCCACCUCUCCCGGAGCCUCUAAGGUAGCCAGUUCUCCUGCCCAGGGACGGAUUACCCAACAAGUAAGGUACACAAUUAGUAAGUAAACAUAGUUAAGCCCGUGCAUAACUUGUUUACUGUAAACCUGUGCAUACUGUGCUUACUGGAUAAUCUGCCCCUGCUCCUGCCCAUUCCCCCA